AUGACGAGCUCUCAGAGAUCUGCGUAUGCGCCAUCGCGGGCUACAACAUCAUCCAGCAAGUCCUCCAAGGAAGAGCCCAUCUUUCUCGAUCCUACCGACGAUGCCACCUUCCAGUCUCUCAAAAAGCUCCUCUCAGCCCCUUCUACCAGCACACAGCACCUCAGCCUGCUGUCCGAGGGCACGCUCUACGGAAGCAUCACCUACUAUCUCAGCAAAUUGCAGCUCGAGCAUGUGGCCGACUUUGCCCGCGUCAUCAACGCCAGCGGCUGUCUCUGGACGCCUCCGCCUCCAGCGAGCACGCCGCCAACAGCAACAUCGGCGUCAGGCAGCUCACCAAACAAGCUCACAUGGACCACUGAGCCUGGCUCCCCCUCAAACACAUCUGACAAGUCUUCCAACACCCUCACAACUACUUCACCACCCAAUGCUGCUUCACGAAGUGCCUCCAACGUCGCGAGCUCCUUGAGCGCGUUCUUGAUCGCACGUUCGACCAACAUCUCACAGGCUGUCGCUGCCGCACUCACCAAGCGAGUAGACCUCAUCGUCCGGUCCAAGAACAACAGGACCGGCUGGCGCGCGCGUUCGUCUCUCUCUCAAUUUCUCGGCGCCAUUCUCCAAGGCAUGGACGAUACAGAGCGCGAUGCAACGCCCGAGUCGUACAGAGCUGCUAGAGGCCUGCCCAUCCCGCGCUUUGCCAUCAUCGGGGGCCUGCUCAACUCGCUUUAUGUGCUCAAAGAUCAGCGUAGGCGCUUGCGGGACAUGUCGAUCCUCGAGGAGAUGGCAGCAUUGCGUUCCAAUCCUUCGCUUGGUCUCAGCGUUCGCCAUGCGCUCGGCACCAUUGAAGACGAAUGGAUCGUGACGCUCGCCGAGAUCCUUGACCAUCUUCAUGGGCAGACCACGUCUUCUGAUUCUGUGCAGGCAAGCUCUGCUACGGAUUCUAGCGAGCACAGCGAUCGAGAUGUCGAUGAAUGGGAGGCCGAGUUUCGCAAGCGCACUGCUUCGGUUGCAGGCCCAGCCAGCAUCACUUCGCUCGCCUCGAAGCAGACCCUGCGUGCAGCGCUCAGCGACGUCCGCGAUGUUCCCCUCUACAUGGCAGCUCAACUAGCCCCCUUUGUGCCUGACCGCAAGAUUCACGCUCUCGACCCGAUCCAGCUGACCUCGGCCACCAGCGAUGCCAUCCUCUCGCUCUUUGAAGGGCCCCAUCGCUCCUCGUUCCUCUCCUCACUCGCGCAGGACGUGCACACUCAGACGUGCGGUGAUGAAAGCGAUCCACGAAUUUUGGUCGACCCCAACGGUGCUACGGGAAAAAUUUUGCAAGGCGUGAUGGAAUCGACACUGUUUCCGCUGCUGGGCCCGCUGUCGAAGCUCAUGUCGCGUGCGCUGGCGAAGGCGGUCACGUCGCUCACUCCGGAGGAGCUGUCGGCGCUGUUGUUGGGGACGACGGAUGCCGCGCUUGUGCAGCAGUCUGGGGAGAUUGAGUUUUUCCCGAUGCUCGUACGCAUGUCUCGCCUGUCGUCUCACUUGGAGGCAUCGUGGCUGUCGAGCCCGCUCGCCGGCGCGAACGAGGACCAGAUUGUGGAAGCGAGCAGACAGCUCACCAAGCAGCUGUGGACGUCAUUCAAGACGCUUCUGUUCAGCUACACGAUGGUGUUCGACUCGAUGAUGGAUGCGUUGGUGGACAUGUGUCCGAGCCCGACACUUACGGUUCCGCCGCCGACGAUGGGUGCAGAGGGGGACGCGGAUCGCAAAUGGCCGCGAGCGUCUACGUCGAAUCUGCCGGUGCCGUAUCUGGUGAUUGUGCAGCAUGUGUUGGCGACCUACUCGCAUCUGUACUGGAUCACGAGCACAUUCGGGUCGGAUGGCUUUGAUGUGUACCGCAAAGUGUUCUACUCGGCGCUGGACGUGAUCGGGCGCGACGGGGAGGCAUGCAUCCAGCUGCUGGAACUCAUCGCUCCGAUCACCGGGGCAGGCGAUGCAGACGGACUGGAAAUGAACACGGCCAAGCGCAGUGCGACGACGUACUUCCUCAAUGUGGCCGAGCAGCUGAUCCGCGUGCUGCCGGACCAAGUGGUGGAGGAGCUUGUGCUGCCCGUCUGUCGGCCGUAUCUGGAAAACACACGGUUCAGCGAUACGUUUGAAUCGGCGCACUCGGUUGUAUUGGCCAUGUACGCCAGCCACAAACGGUGCAUCCUCAAUCUGGCGCCGUUCUACGUGGAUUUGGUGCUAGCGAGUUUCCCGACGCGCUUGAACUCGGUGCAGCUGGAGUAUGCGCUGUCGACGGUGGUCGGUGCGAUUAGUGACAGGAGCGAUUCGGUGGCAUGGUGGGUGAUUACAAGGAUCGCCGAGGAGAUUGAUCGCGAGCGGCUCUCGGCGAAGGAUGGCAGCAAAGAGGCGGGGAUUCAGGCCGGUGGAUUCGCUGAGGGCAGCAGCGGCGUGACGAAGGCGGAUCUCGACUCGGCCACUGCCAGCAGCGACUCGGUGCAUCCUUCCGCGGCAACAACCAGCGCAGAGCGAGACGGAGGCGACACGCACGACAGGCUCACGCACCUCCAGAUGUGCCUCAUCGCCUGCAUCCCCAGCGUCAACCUCGUCCUCCUCCGCUCCGCACUCAGCAAGGUCGAAUCGUUCAUCCUGCUGCACAAGCAGAGGGAACUGUCCGGGUUGGAUGCCGCGGGUGCGCAGAGCAGCAGGCUCGCGCUGUGCCAGAAGACGUUCGAUGCGAUUCAGGCGCUCAAUGCGGCCACGCGCGAGGAGGGGCUCAGGUGGUGGUUGGAUCAGCGGGCAAGGUUUGGCGUGUGA